CGGCGGCAGACAACCUCUGUACGGGUUGUCGCCAAUGAUCAGGCCAUCCCCGUAUCUGGCCGCACAGUCCACUGUCCAAAAGAAAUUCCCGGUGACUUGUCUGUGUACACACGUCUUCUGGCUUGAGUUGCUGGAGCCAUAUUCUUAUCAAUAUUGUUCUCUUCUUUGCUUCAUUACUCUCCAUUGAACAUCAUCGGCAACAUGAUAUCGACAGACCAACCCGCGGAGGAGCACAACCCCACUUCAACAGCACCAAAUGGCGACUCUCCAAGCUACGAUAUGGUGUGCAUUGGGUUUGGACCUGCCCAAAUCGCUACUGCGAUUGCGAACAAGGAGUCCAGUAAGCCGUCCAACGUUCUCUUUCUGGAAAAGAAGCAUUCGUUCUCCUGGUAUCCAGCGGCCUACCUCCCCAGAACGCGCAUGGAAAACGCCUUCAUCUAUGACCUUGCAACAACGAGAAACCCGAGAUCAGCCUUCAGCUACGUCAACUACUUGUUGAUGCAGAAUCGGCUUGUGGAAUUCGCCAAUUCCGACAGGCUCAACCCGCUCAGGAUAGAAUUCGAGGACUACUUGCGAUGGUGCGCCGAUCAGUUCAAAGAGCACGUACGAUACGGCAGUGAAGUGGUUGCUGUAAUUCCCGAGAAGUCUGCGACCGUUGUGAGGGGUUGGAAGCUCCUGGUCAAAGAUGGAUCCGGCAAUACACACAUGGUACGAACGAAGAAUGUUUGCGCUCCUUCCCCACCGAAGCGGCGUCCGUCAAAAUCUCACCUACUUACCACUGUCGAUUUCGAAGCUGGCCAGCGAAUAAUAUCGACGGCCGACUAUGUGUGGAGGAGGAACGAGCUCCGUGAACUCCGUGAGCCUCGUCUUAGCAUAGCCCUGGUUGGAUCCGGACAGCAAACACUGGAGAUUCUGGACGACCUCCUGACCUGUCAUCGCUUGGGAAACAUCACCUUCAUCACAGAAAACGAGGCCUUGUCGCCUCUGCGGAGUUUAGGGCAGGAGGCAUGCCGGCCACAGCCUCGACUCUGCUCAAUAUGGGCGAAACCGUCCUGCAGUACCGGGACAACUGUACUAGGUUCUUCGGAGCUGGUUCAGCGUAUAUACGCGCGCGCAUAUGAGAAACAACUCAAGGGGGACUGCGCUCUUCGGGUGAUUAUAGGGGGUGAGGUUUCAGAGUCCAUCUCGACUGCAAGCAUCAUUAUUGUCGAGAACGAGGCUGCGCAGGGAACUAUGGCCUUGUUCCGAGAAUUGGAUCCUCUUGUACUAGGCUGCCGACAGAAAGGAGACAGCCUCGAGGAGGUACAGUUCAAACGAGGAGCUGUGGCCGACGGCUGCAGGAUAUGGUUGUUUUCGGCCAACUCAGAGGGCGGCCGGUCAUUGGCGAAGGAUAUUGCGCAGCGAGCUGGAGAGGUGGUGGGCGCCGUGGCCGUGGGCGCGCCGAGCACAUCGGAGCAGGAGGACGGCCCGUUGAUCAAUGCCAGGAUGUAAGGAGCGGUCCAGAGUGCAGAGUGCAGCGUGCAAUGUCGGGUGAAGUUGGUUUAGACUUGGCUUACAUAACGCGCAAAUUUUUAUCAGAUCAAUCUAGUGUCU